AUGGUCCCCGCCCUGUCACACCCCUUUUUUCCGGGUCUUGAAGUUAGGGCCGCCCCCGGGGCCGCGGAGGGAAGGUGGGGGCGUGAGGCGCCAGGCGCCUGGGACUGCACCGUGGAGAAUGGCGGCUGCGAGCAUGCGUGCAAUCAGAGCUCGGGAGAGCCGAUUUGUCUCUGCCCCCUUGAGGCCGCGCUGCAAGCAGACAGGCGCUCCUGCGCUGCCCUGGAAGGGCCUUCGUGCAAUAACAGCCUCUGCCAGCACUUCUGCGUGAGCGACCCUGUCACACCCGGUGCCUACUCCUGCAUGUGCGAAGCUGGCUACCAGCUGGCGGCCGACCAGCAUGCGUGCGAGGACGUGGAUGACUGUGCGCAGGUGCCCAACGUGUGCCAGCAGCUCUGCAUCAAUACCGAUGGUGGCUUCAAGUGCCUCUGCUAUGAGGGCUACGAGAUGGUGGAUAGCGAGUGUGUGGAGCUGCUGGACCCCUGCUUCGGGUCGAACUGUGAGUACCAGUGCCAGCCUGUGGGCACAGACAAGUAUGAAUGCAUCUGCGCCGAAGGCUUCAUCCCUAACCCAAAGGAGCCAUACCGCUGCCAGAUGUUCUGCAACCAGACUGAGUGCCCAGCUGACUGUGACCCCAACAACCUAAACGUCUGCUACUGCCCUGAAGGCUUCAUCCUAGAUGAGGGUAAUGUGUGCGUGGACAUCGACGAAUGCCAUCAAGGCAACUGUGGCCAACAUGAGUGCCACAAUUUCCCGGGUGCCUACCACUGCAUCUGUAGGCCAGGCUCCCCGCUUGAGGGCCAGGUGAGCCUGGACUGUGACUCCAUCCCCAACCCCAACCUUAACAAAGGGAGGGAGGAGGAGAUCCUGACAGAGGAUGGCUCCGGGGAGGACUUCCCCAGCCCGACUCCAGGCCCCACUCUGAGCACCCAACCUGCAGGGCCUGUGCAUUCUGUUGUGCUCAUAGGCACCUCCAUCGCCACCCUGUCCCUUGUGGUGGCACUUCUGGCACUCCUUUGCCACCUGCGCAAGAAGCGGGGCACAGCCCGUGCAGAGCAGGAGUACAAGUGCGGGUCUCCAGCCAAGGCUGUGGCCUUGCAGAAACUCUGAGGUCUUUCAGGGUGCACGAGCCCCUCCUUCCUGUGUGUCCCUCCUCGGUUCCCUGGCUGCUCAGAAGCUCCCUAGCUGGCACCUGGGGAAGACCCUCUCCGUCCUUUGGGAGGGAAGCCCUCAGGCAAGAAGCUGCUAUAUCUGGGCAGAGAAUAAAUUUACCAUGAAGACAGGCUGCCAAGUUACCCAGGCCCCCACAUGGCUGUGGGAAGGGUAAGCAUUGUUGCUCUUUAGUUCUGAGGACAGACUCCUACCACAUGGCUGGUGAUGACCAAGAUAUUUAUUU